UCCGUUAACUCAACCUUGCCAGAUCAAUGUCAGGACAAAUUCCUAUAGAGGAGCCUCUAUACGAUGACAACGAUUCAAAAUCCUCCACUACAAUUGCUCAGCCGGGCUUCGAGAAAGAUGAUUCAGAUAAUCAACCGCUGCAGCCACCGGAUGGAGGACGAGGCUGGCUAGUGGUGUUCGGUUCAUUUCUGGGUUUGUUCUCCAUCUUCGGAUACAAUUACUCCUGGGGUGUCUUCUUAAAUUACUACAAUAAGUACGUAUAUGUUGGUCAACUGCCGACACUAUCAUGGAUCGGAUCAAUAUGUGUAUCUCUCUUCUUCUUCCUCGGACCAAUCAACAAACAUGUCAUACGAAUAAUGGGAUAUAGAAAUAUGUUAAUAGUUGGCAAUAUUGCCUGCCCCAUUGCCCUGAUUUUAGCUAGCUUUGCUACUCAAGUAUGGCAUGUUUUUCUGACACAGGGUGUCCUUUUUGGCCUUGGAGCAUCGUUCAUUUGGUUUCCCUGUAUUGGAGCUAGUCAGCAAUGGUUUUCAGAACGGCGCGGAUUGGCCAUUGGCCUAGCUAUGUCGGGCUCAGGUAUUGGAGGCUUGGUGGUAUCCAACAUUGCACAAGCAGCGAUAUCAAGUGUUGGGUAUAGAUGGGCUCUUCGGAUCAUAGGCAUAAUGGCCUUCGUACUAUUGAUCAUCACCACCUUUACUGUCCGACCUCUCGGUAAUAUCAAUCAAACUGGCGGAAAAGAAAAAAUAAUUGCUUGGUAUCUGUUCAAGAACCCCCAAUUUUGUGUCAUCUUCCUUCAUGGUUUAAUCACUACUUUUGGCUAUAUGACACCAUUCUUUCUUCUUCCUAGUUAUGCAACUUACCUUGGAUUGGAUCCAUGGGUUGGUGCCAAUCUUUCGGCUAUCAUGUCAGGAGUGAAUGCCGUGGCGCGCAUUUUCACUGGUUACAUGGGAGACAAGCUUGGGAGAUUCAAUUCACUCUUCAUAUGUACUAUGCUGUGUGGAAUUAUGUGUCUGGUCGUAUGGAUCCCUGCCAAGAAUGAAGCUGGUGUUUGGGUAUUUGCUAUUUUGUACGGCUUCUUUGGUGGUGGCUAUGUCGCUCUGUUCCCAACUGUGCAGCCCCAAGUGGUUGGACUUGAGAACAUAUCACCCGCCGUUGGCUUGUUAUAUGCCACCAAUUUCUUUGGAUAUCUCUUUGGCACGCCGAUUGCCAGUAGAAUCUUGGCAGACACAGACAAUUAUGCAUACGCUGCUGCCUGGGCAGGAUCAACUGUAAUAGCUGGAGGUUUACUUGCUGGAAUAUUGCGCGUUCAGCGAGCUGGGUGGAAGUUAGCUAAAGUUUAAAACAAAAAGUUUUGAUGAUCUUUUUUUUUUUUUCAAGACCUGCAAGUCGCGUGGAAGCGCGACGAAAUAUUUUGGGUAAAUUAGAAAGAAAAAAAAGUUUUAAUAAUACCACGAUUUCAUUUCUUCAGCUUUUGCUCUGGUCGCCAUAUGCAAUGCUGUCUAGCCAAUUAUUGAAUCGUCUAAAGCGGGAGCUUGGUAAGCUUUUGAACACACUGCCUUGGUGCCACUAUACCAUA